ACGACGGGAAGCGGCAAUGGCGGCGGACGAGGGCUGUGCCCCCGGCCCGCCCCGUUAGGAGCCGCGAGUAAGGCGAGUGUCCGACGCCGAGCUGGCUGACAGAGCCCGGCCGCGGCCUCUGCGGGCCCAGGGGCCUCCAGACCCCGUGACCACCGGACCUAGCACCCUGCAACGGCCCCGGCUUGGCCUCGGGACAGUCCGCGCGCUCACCAACUCCCUGGUGAACGCCGCUUGGCCGCCGCCGCCGCAGGACCCAAGAGAAGGGGAAACCCGCGCAAGGACCCGGUUCCCGCGGCGCCGUACGUGGAGUGAGGCUGCGCUCCGCCCCGCGUGCUCCGAUUGGCUCUGGGGCCUGGCCCGCCCCUUCCCGGCACUGUCAUUGGCCUAGACAGAGUCGUCGGGGUGGGGAAUCCUAUUGGCCCAGGGGUGCGGCUUGUCCUCUCCCGGUGCUCUCAUUGGCCGAGCGCCGCCGUUGGGGGUGAGGCCGCGUCGGGGGAGGACAACAAAGGGCCGCGGGCAGCGGUGUCCCAGUCUCCCGGUGCUUCCCUCAGGCUGAGGCGCCCGGCCUCCCGCCAGCCGCGCUCCAGAUGAAGUGUGAGCACUGCACGCGCAAGGAAUGUAGUAAGAAAACAAAAACUGAUGACCAAGAGAAUGUGUCAGCCGAUGCACUGAGUCCAGCCCAGGAAAAUGGAGAGAAGGGAGAAUUCCACAAGUUGGCUGAUGCCAAGAUAUUUUUGAGCGACUGCCUGGCAUGUGACAGCUGUAUGACUGCAGAGGAAGGAGUCCAACUUUCCCAGCAAAAUGCCAAGGACUUCUUCCGCGUUCUGAACCUUAACAAGUUCCACAGGCUCUACAGGAGACAUGGCUGGGGAGGCCUCAGGAAACAAUCAUGGCGGAAGAGCGAAGGGGAAGCAAGCACGUCUUCACGUGGCAGCAGGAGAGAGCAAGUGAAGGGGGAGAAAUGUGAUACCUCAAAGCACAAAGUGCUGGUAGUGUCUGUGUGUCCUCAGUCUUUGCCUUAUUUUGCUGCUAAAUUCAACCUCAGUGUAACUGACGCAUCCAGAAGACUCUGUGGUUUCCUCAAAAGUCUUGGGGUGCACUAUGUAUUUGAUACGACGAUAGCUGCGGAUUUUAGUAUCCUGGAGAGUCAAAAAGAAUUCGUGCGUCGCUAUCGCCAGCACAGUGAGGAGGAACGCACCCUGCCCAUGCUGACCUCUGCCUGUCCUGGCUGGGUCCGAUACGCCGAGCGGGUGCUGGGUUGCCCCAUCACUGCCCACCUCUGCACCGCCAGGUCCCCCCAGCAGGUCAUGGGCUCUUUGGUGAAGGAUUAUUUCGCCAGACAGCAGAACCUGUCUCCAGAGAAGAUUUUCCACGUCAUCGUGGCCCCUUGUUAUGACAAGAAGCUGGAGGCUCUUCAGGAAAGCCUUCCCCCUGCUUUGCAUGGCUCCCGGGGCGCUGACUGCGUGUUAACAUCAGGUGAAAUUGCUCAAAUAAUGGAGCAAGGUGACCUCUCAGUGAAAGAUGCUGCCGUCGACACUCUGUUUGGAGACUUGAAGGAGGACAAGGUGACGCGCCAUGAUGGAGCCAGCUCGGACGGGCACCUGGCACACAUCUUCAGACAUGCGGCCAAGGAGCUGUUCAACGAGGAUGUGGAGGAGGUCACUUACCGAGCCCUGAGAAACAAAGACUUCCAAGAGGUCACCCUUGAGAAGAACGGAGAGGUGGUGUUACGCUUUGCUGCGGCCUAUGGCUUUCGAAACAUCCAGAACAUGAUCCUGAAGCUUAAGAAGGGCAAGUUCCCGUACCACUUUGUGGAGGUCCUCGCCUGUGCUGGAGGAUGCUUAAAUGGCAGAGGCCAAGCCCAGACUCCAGAUGGACAUGCGGAUAAGGCCCUGCUGCGGCAAAUGGAAGGCAUUUACGCUGACAUCCCUGUGCGGCGUCCGGAGUCCAGUGCACACGUGCAGGAGCUGUACCAGGAGUGGCUGGAGGGGAUCAACUCCCCCAAGGCCCGAGAGGUGCUGCAUACCACAUACCAGAGCCAGGAGCGCGGCGCACACAGUCUGGACAUCAAGUGGUGAAGUCAGGCCGGGGCCUUCCAGCUGCUCCUGGGGCCAGAGCCAAGAGUCUCUCAGUAGAGGGAGGGGCUGCCCUGAGUGGAGUAUUAAAGACACUUAAGAGAA